UUUAAUCGAUGAGUGGGCAGCAGUAAUUCAGAGUACAGGAGUGGGCAACUGAAGCUGCAGGAUGAGAGAGAAAAGGAGAGGCUGUUGGUGACAAGUCGAUCAGCUGUGCUCGCUCUCGGAGGCCUGGGAGAAGUCGGUCUUUAAAGCGUGGUGUUGCUGGCUGGGCUCUGUGGCGUGGAGGGUGGGUUACUAGGGGUGGAAGAAGGCGGGUGUUUAUUAUUUUUAAUAAGGUCAUAAGGAGGAGAAGCGGUGGAGUGAGUGUUACAGGAAAAGCAUCAAAGUUGGACGGUAGUUUUUGGACAUUUCUUGACUUUUUCGCUGUUAUUGUCGCAGCCGGGGGUCCUUGGGGGGGGUUGCAGCCUCGCUCUCUCUCGCUGGAGUCAGUGUGGCGGGCAGGGACAGUCCAGGCGCUCAUAUACAAAGCCAGCACGUUUCACUGUGUCUGCAGCAGCUGAGCGGUGCUGAGCACCACCUCCAGCAGCAGCAGAGGCAGUAGCAGAUCUGGGAGGGUUUGGGCGCACAGUUGGAGGAUCGACGACGCAUCGAUGAUGAAGCUCACCUGCUGGUUGCAGGUUGCUGGUCUGAGGUUGGAGGGUGCCGAGUGAGCGGAGGUGUUGCCGAAGCGCUGUCCGAGGUGCUGAAAAGCCCGCGGACAGAGCGCCGUUGUCGCCUUUCCAGUCGAGAUGACACGCACGAACUGACGUGAAUGCCAAGCAGCACAACGCGGCGGUUAACACGGCUCCCCCGGCCAGAGUGCAUGGGACCGCGCGUCCUCUUGGCGUUAGAAACAUGGAGAGAAUUUUCUUGCUCGUCCUCAGCUGUGUCGGCGUCUCUCUGGUCACAGCGGAUAGCUUGUCGCCUCCCGUCAAUGUGACCAUAAGAGAGGUGAAAGCAAACUCUGCUGUGGUGUCAUGGGACAUCCCCGAGGGAGACCCAGUCAUUGGCUUUGCCAUCACACAGCAGAAGAAAGACGUGCGCAUGCUGCGAUUCAUCCAGGAAGUCAACACCACCACCCGAUCCUGUGCAUUAUGGGACUUGGAGGAAGAGACAGACUACAUCGUGCAUGUCCAGUCCAUCUCCAUGUCUGGGACGAGCCCACUGAGCGAACCGUUGCGCUUCCGGACGCCGAAGGAGGCCGAGACUCAGGCCUCUAAGAGUGAAGACGAAGUAACAAUGGAAGAAGUGGGACAGACGACCCAGCUGAGGGCUGGGGAGCUCAUCAUCAUCGUGGUGGUACUCAUCAUGUGGGCAGGUGUGAUCGCCCUCUUCUGUCGCCAGUAUGACAUAAUCAAAGACAACGAGCCCAACAACAACAAGGACAAAGCCAAAAACUCCUCAGAGUGCAGCACUCCCGAGCAUCCGACGGGGGGGCUGUUGCGCAGUAAGGUAUAACCCACCCCCCUCCCCUCCUCCUCUCCCUGGGUGUCUCCCCCUCAGCGGCGCCGGGCAGUUCCCCAAGAACAACAACAAUAACAACAGGAUGCCAUCUGUCAACAUCAUUGAGGUGUGACUGCCAGGACGUCUUCUCUUUACCUAAAAGACUUUGUGUUCUCACAAACAAGCGGGCCCCUUUUAAGCCCAUCUGCUUGUCAGGAUGACGCUGGGACUCCGGGCCCCUGGGCAGCGCCUUCUCUCCUUUGGGCCUGGCGCCGGAGCGAGGCCGCAGGACUCCGGGCGUCGAGCACGCUCCCUCCGCCUGCGCUGGUGUGAAGAGGCAGCGGCUGCUCCGUGGUCCAUGACUACUGCACUGUGGGGCAGCAGCGAUUAGAGCCGAAUGGCUCCGGUGUUGGAGAGACUGCAGAUAAACAGGCCCCAGGGACCAAAGCUGAUAAACAGAGCCAGAGACCUUUUCAUUCUCUCCGUCACCUUCUUCUCAGCGUCUUUCAGUGUGUUAUCAGUGACCACCAAACCUGGGCAUUUCCCUUUUCUGGGUUGAAAUCGUCUCUUCUGCUUUAAUCUUUUAUAUCCACACAUAACUUCAUCAUUACGUGUUGCAUUCUGUACUCUUAAGUGGGCUGUUAGGGUGUAGUUCUUUAAACUUUUACAAGGUGCCACCAGUACAGUUUUGUUGUUCUGGUAUAUUUGUUUCAUUGAUCCCCUCUCGGGCAGAAGCUCUUCGCCAUCUUGUGGAUUCACAUGUUUUUUUUCGCCCCCUCAGGGAAUCCAGACUCUACCACCUGGCUAAUUUAUGAGAUGUUUCUAAAAUGUGUUGUGACGAUGCCAUAGCAGCUUUUGAGCGGGCUGCUACCAAAGCUGAAUCACCAGGACUCGAGCAACAAGAUAGAAACACAUAAAAGGCACCUCUGAUCUGAACAAAUAUUCACAGUAAAGUUCAUGAGAAGCCAGGUUUCAUCCUACUUCUUGUCCCUCGUGCUUUUAUUCUGAAAUGUUACAUUCCAUGUCCAGAAUGAGCCCUUUAGUAUUCCCUCGUGUCUUUCUCUCUGAGGGGGAUGAAUCUCAAAGCAUUCUGGAGACAAGCAGAACUGCCAUAAUGGAGUGCAUUCAUCUAAUUAACGAACUCUAAACAGGGCUGGACUCUCGGAGGAAGUGGUCUUUCCUCUUCAGAGACACAGAGGAGAUCUCUUACAUCAGCAAUAACAGCCCUCAGAGGAAGUGCAGAAUCGAGGACUCAAACGCUGAAGCCUCUUUGAAUAAAAUCCUGACCUUUCAGCAUGUUCUAAUGUUCAGGCAGACAAAUGAACUGCACGUCCAGUUUGGAGGGAAUUAACUUCGAGCAGAUGAUCUCCAAACGUCCUUAAGCGCUGUUGUAAAAACUUUGGUUUCCAGUGGUUAGCAUGGGAUUAAAAAAAAAAAAAACUUUUUUUAAAAUGGGGCCCAACUUGCAACCCUACGAUUUCUUUGUCACCAGACAGAAGGGCUUUUAUUCAGACUUUUUCACCAAUUUAAAGUCAACAUGUGUGCUGAAACGUAAUGGUAAAUGGCACAUCUGGGAGCAAAAUGAUGCAUUCGAGGGCUGAUUCAAACUCAGUAGUACUGCCUUAAAAAUAAUCACACCAUAUGAUUUAUCUAAUAAGAUGGAAGCCCCUGUAUCUCUCACACCAUGAUAUUUAUCUUCCACCCAGUAUUUAAAUGUGUGUGCAAAGAAAAAGGGAAACAUUACAGAUCGAUGCCAUGUUGUCUGAAAAGCUGGAAGAGGUGGCUGGCCUUUAAUGUGUAAAUACAUUUAAAAUUUCACUCGUGUUUGGUAGCGUCAGUCUGAAGAGCUUUUAAUGAAAUAUGACAAGACUAAAUGGAAGAUAUAUAGUCUCGUAUUGUAAGAGGGUACAGCUACUGCUAGUGAAUUUUUUUUUGUUUAGACACGGCUGUUAAAGUCCUGUUAUUGAAUACGUUUUUCAUGGCACUCCUCUACCGUUAUGUGCUUCUAUUAUGUCAUUAUGCUGUUUAUGUGCAUUAAAAAGAAGAGUGUUUUUGAUGAGGGACAAAGCCCUGGAUAUUUCACAUAAUCACCCAGACGUGGGGUUCGAGGGCCAUUCAAGCUGGGAACCCGUAUCGACGGGCAGCUUCUCAUUCUGUGAUGCACCGACUCGUCUUCUACUGCGAACGCAACAGGUCCCGGCUCCUCAGCCUGGAGUGCAGUGGAAAAAGGAGGCAGUUAAGAGAAAAAGCAAUGAACAGAAUGAGUAGACUGAUAACUAAUGCAAUGGCAGGUUGUUAUCACUCACGAGCCUCCACGAGCAGCGAGCCCUGCUAUUUGCUGCACACCAUUCCCCCGGUUUCCUUCCCCAAUUUCUUCCUCUUCACCGCAACUGUCACAUAAGGGUUUAAAAUGUGAGUCUGUCUAAUGUAAAGGUCUCUCCUGACUAACACUUCUGUCUAGCCAGGACAAACUUUGGGAAAUUUUCUGUGAAGUGAUCACCACUUUUCUUAAAACUUGUCUAGCUGAAGGCUGAAUCCGUUUUAUCCCCCAGGAACAUUUCCCCCGGUAGCAGACUCUCCGAUCAAUAGGCAUCCGUCCACACAGUGAAGGAUAAUGACGAGCGUCGUCUCCAGAUGAUUUCUUUGAACAUCCAACAACAUAUUUAUCAUCCGCAUUCCCCGAAACAGUUAAAGUCCUUUUCUCCCUUUUGGUACCGAGUCAGCUAGCAGCGUAUGAAGUUCAUCUGAAAAGUUCGAUGAUGGUACGCUCUGUGUUGACACUGUAAAUACUGUAUUUGUUAUUAAAGAUUUAAAUGUAGGGCUAUUUUGGCAGGUUGUCAAACUUUACCAAUAAAUAGUUUGACAUUUUGGGAAUUUGCAGUUACACGAGAAGAUCGACACUUCUCUUAGCAGCUGGUUAAAUUACAGCCAACACAUUCUCAAAGUAAGGCAUCGAAUGCCAGCACGUUGAUAUCCUGGGGUGGAAAAUAAUGCUGUUUUGUCAGAUGCUACAACAUGUCCCAUGGUGCUGUUACCUUAACGCACCAGCCACAGCCACCAUAACACAACAGUUUUAAAGACCCACAAAGUCAACAUUAGGAAGUUGGAGGUUUGAGUCGUCUGCUGUUCCCAUUGGGAGCUUUCCGUUUAAUUCUUCAGCCACUCUUCAGCCGUGUACUGAAGGCUGGAGUCCUGCCUCGAGCGUCCUGGGUCAAAGUUCGCGCUGGGUCAUUCCGCUUCACUUUCCUGUCUAACGUUUGAUCCGUAAGUUAAAAAAAGAAAUGCGCAGCUGUCCCAACGCGUUUGAAUGCAAAACCAAGGGGUUCUAUGCUCGUGUCCAAAUUUAAUGAUUACAAUGAAUUUCUGUCUCACUAUCCUCAUAAGUCCCAAAGAAGAACUGUGUGCAUCUGUGAGAAACCAGCAGUUUUAACAAAACAGCAGUAUUUGCCCCCCGGGAAUGAGAAUGGGCUGCUGGCUCAAGCAACAGUACAAACAUGGGAGCGCAGUCAGUCUCUUCAACUAACUAAUGGCUGAGAAAGCCAUCAAGUGGAUGUCUGAAAGCGCCAACCUUUUCCUUUAAGGGUUGCAGCUUCAGCAGCUGUGCGCUGGGUGAGCUCUCAAACUUAUCCAACAAUUUAUUCAUUUAUUUUUACACGCAAGUGUUCGACCAUGUUUAACAGCUACACAGUGGCAUAACAUGUCAAAUUAAUUAAGUGGAAGGCAUCUGGGUAUCUAAUUAAAGUCCACUCAUUACACACAGUGGGCAGUGCAGUUCGCUCAGCCCGUUCCUGCUGCUACUGAAAAACUGAUUACUGGGAUUUAAGUUGGCUGAAGGCGGCACCCAGCUGCUACCACUCUGACUGGAACAGGUUAAGCAAACGGUGGCCAGAUGAAAAAUCUUUUUCCUUAAUCGCACUCGACAACCGGUGACAACAGCACGAACUCAACAUUCCACGGGAGCCCUGUGGCGUCAAACCACUCAUUAAAAAAGCCUGAAACCUUUUUCCCUGCUAUCGUUUGCGCAAAAUCAAUGCCUGAGGAAAAAACAAAAACAAAAAACGAUGCUCGGUUGCAGUGAUGGGCCGUUUCGCAACAACUGCUGGAUUUUAACAACUUACACAACAUGUGUUUUGUUUUAGAGUAGAAACAUGCCUGGAAAUAAAUGAAGUUUGACCAUUUCAUUAUGGGAUUCUUGAAAUUUAGGAAUGAGGAUGACAAAGAAGCAUGGUUUAGUAAAAAUUAACUGCUUUACUAGCUAUCACGUUUAUAUUCAUUGUAUGGAGUGUACAGCAGUCAUUGCUUAAUGAGGGCUAGCAUGGUUUAACUAUUAUGCACAAGGUUACACAACUUCAAUUAUGAAGAAUAUGGUGUAUGCUUACUUGUGUAUGCUUAAAUAAAAUAUCUAAUAUUUUCAAAA